CAAAGUUCCUCAGGUUUUGGCGGAUUUGAACAAAGUUUCUGCGCUCUGCAGGGAAAUUAAGUAGCCGCUGUAUGGAAUAUGGUGACGUAAACUAUUUUAAAUCAAUAUUGAAUUCAGGGAAAUCUGUACUCCUUAUUUCGCCAAGUUCUCGCCAAAGGACCGCCUAUUACUGUUUGUACAUCCCAAAGUGAUCCGCCUUUUGGAAAUUAUUCGAAAUUUUAGUCCCGAAAAGAAUCUCGACGAACGCCAAAGAGUAAACCCUAAGAUGUGUGCCAUUAUUUUUGUCGAACGAAGAUGCACGGCCAAUGUACUUAACCCCUUCUUGAAGGAUGUUGCCAAACACGACAAAACUUUGGAAUUUAUGAAGCCAUUAUUCACAAUGGGCCAGGCAUUAGAUCGAAACGCUUCACUGAAAGAAACUAAAAUUCUCAACAUGAAACAAAACUAGAUUAUGACCAGCUUUCGCGAAGGUCGUUGUAAUCUGAUAGUGGCAACCUCUGUGCUGGAAGAAGGAGUUGACAUUCCUGCCUGUAAUCUAAUUUUAAGAUUCGACCUCAUCAAAACCUACUGCGAAUACGUUCAGGCCAAAGGUAGAUCGAGCCCGUAAAUAUCUACCUUUUUCUAAAGGAAACCAAAAAGACACACAGAAAGGGAAAAUUCGUUUGUUUUUUUAAAUUAUUGUUAACUUAUUGGCGCCAGAAAACUCGCGAAUUUCUUACACUAGUAGACUUUCACGCCGAUACAUGGUUCCAGUAGCAAAGUGGCUUCUUUAUGAACCCUAACACAGAAAUGAGCAAGUUUAAAAUUAGUCUCUGAUGUGCCAAAAUUAAGCAUUUAAUGAAUUCAGGCCGAGCAAGGAGCAGGAAAGCCUUUUAUUGUUUGAUGGUGAGCCAAAGUGAAACGGAAAGCUACCUGAAGAAUUUGGCACAGUUCCAUAGCAUUGAACAGCAGCUCUUGGCUAUCGGAAAUUUCGAAGACGAUCGGGACAGUGUUAUAGACAACCUAUUUUGCGAAAUCAUUCCACCCUACGCUCCCUACGGUGAAGACGGACCCCGUAUUACGUUACUGAGUAGUAUAUCGCUUGUCAACAGGUACUGUGGCCAGCUCUCGUCAGAUCCAAAUGUCCUUUUGGCCCCCAAACUAACAACCAAGAAAGCUGAUAAAAGCGUAGCCGAUCCCGCUCAACUAAAAAAUAUUAAAGACGUUCUUAAAAAAUUACCAAAUGAUAAUCGUGGAAUGACCAACGGAUUUUCGAUUGGUGAUUUAUACCAGUGUCGUCUAAUUCUUCCCCUAAACUCGCCCUUGAGAGAAGAGAUAAUUGCAGACGUGAUGCCAACUAAACGUCUGGCCAAAAGAGCAGUUGCUUUAAAAGUGCUUCACAAGCUGAAAGAGCUGGAUGACGUUCAUCUCUUUCCUAUUCCACGGCUGAUUCCAGAAGAAGAAGAGGAAGAGUUGCCAAUCGAAGAUGAUGCCAGUGUACCUCAACACCAUGGAAACGUCACGAUUUGCAAACGUCGUUUCCCUGCUUGUUUUUCGAAUUGCCGACCUAUUCCGAGACAGCCCAACUUCGUUUAUUUGAUAGACUUUAUGCUGAUGAAGCCUUGCCUGGAUGUGAACAAACUAUUUUUACCAUUCGUCGUGGAAACAAAGUUAGCCAUUUUGACGUCACAAGUCAUACCUGCGAUUUGUCCGUUACCUUUGAUUACGCGAGCUGGGGAAUUCCAAGUCAAUCUGUGUGGAGUGGAUUCAAUCAUCCUUGACGACAGUCAGCUAGAAAAACUCGAAAAAUUUCAUCAGUUUAUCUUCCAAGACGUGAUUUUCUUGUGGAAACGUCAACUAGAUUUUGACCUACAGGCCUCUGAUUUGCAGUACCUCAUUGUCCCUCUACAAAGUGCAACCGAAAAACUGGACUUUGUUCUCGUCGAAAAGAUGAUCAAUGCACCAACCGUCGAGUGGGAAAAACGGCCACCUUUCACGGGCAACAAGUUUUCAUUCGAACCGAAAGAGUAUGUCGACGCAGUUAUCGUUCCGUCCUAUAAACCGCUGGGGACAUUAAAUCCCUUCUACGUCGAUGGCGUUUCAGACUUUACACCGCUCUCUGCGUUCCCAGAAAGAGAGAAUGAAACUUACGCAUCUUAUUUUUCCAAAAAGUACAAUCAGAUAUUGACUAAUGAAAAUCAGCAGCUCGUGCAAGUCAGUCGCGAGAUAACGGGGAAAAACUUCCUUGUCCCGAUAUUGGCUUCAACGAAGAAAGAAAUUCCAAUGCAUCAUGUGCCUGAACUUUGCAAUAUAUAUCCGCUGCCAGGAUCUGUUUGGAAACAGGUGGUAUGGAUCCCAUCCGUUCUCCAUCGUCUUAAUGGCAUGCUGGUGGCCGAAGAACUUCGCAUCUUGAUCUUUAAAGAAGCUAACGUGGGAAUAGAUUUUUUACCGGGAUCCGUCAACGUUUUCUCGGUCUGGACCCCGUUGAAACUUCAGCCGCCCAAAUCUCGUUCAGACAGCCAGUUCGUUUCGUAUCCAAUGCCUCUAACAAACUCCUUGAAAACGUCGGUGUCCACGGAUUUGUUAGACCUCGGGGCAAGUAUGAUUUGGCAUCUUGAAUAUGACGAAACAGAGAAGGAUCUCUUGCCACCGGAUUCUGCCGUCGACCAAACUAGUCCGUCGUCAUCGAUCGCGGAAGCGAAAACGGACGCUUCAAGUUCCGAACUUCUCUACAAGAUCCCAGCACUUGACGAAUUCCUGGAAUUCCAUUGUUCGAUGGAAGACCAAAAAAGGAAAUGGGUUGAUCUGGCUUCUGAGGAUCCAUUGGAAUGCCAACCGAAUUGUAAACCGGAAAUGAUUGAUUUGAAAUUUGAUGUGGGCAAUCCCAGCACGCAGUCAGUUUUCGGGCCCUCGCCUGGCAUAGUGUUAGAGGCUCUUACCCUUGCUAAGGCAAAUGAUGGGUACGAUAUGGAGCGCUUGGAAACGAUCGGCAACUCGAUUCUAAAACUGAUCAUAUCCAUUUAUGUGUACGGAGAGGCGAGCAAUAGCAGAUGUGACGAAGGCCGGCUCAGUCUGAUCUUUAAUAACCUUUUUUAUUGCAGAUUAUCUGGUAACGCGGUUUUAUUUCGACAAUCGUUGCCAAUACAGCCGCGCCAUUUUAACUGACCUUCGUUCAGCCAUGGUCAACAACGAGACGUUUGCUAUAAUAGCAGUUAGGAAUCGUUUUCACCUGUACCUCAAACACCUUUCGUUAAAUUUAAAUGCAAUAUUAGAUCGUUUUAUUCGAGCCCAAGAAGAGAACGGACAUCUGUUCAUGCACAACGUGAGUACAUAAAACAUUUCGCGCGGCCCCCUUUUUUUU